AUGAUGAAAGCCUUGACAAAUUUAUCCAUUAUUGCAGAUGAAGUAAAGGGGUUGUCUCACCUGAGUGAAAAAAAUAAAUUGGCUUCUGUCAAAUGGAUUGGUUUAGGAGAAUCCGAGCAAAAUAAAUACACACAGAAAGCUAAUGACAUGAAAAACAACCCUGUGACAUUAGAUGAUGCUCAAAGAACAAAAUUGGUUGAUCAGCAUAUGAAAAUUUUAGCUGAGGAGUUACUUGAGUAUCUUGGUUGCCAGGCCAGCUGCUUACUGGUGAAUGGAAAAAGAACUUUAUGUCCUUGGUUCAUCAGGAGGAAAAGAUUUGUUCACAAUGAACCAGCAGUUUUGUGCAAGUUUCAAGCAAUGUUUGAUGUAGACCGAGAAAAACAGAAAUGGACUCAUGAGGAUGUAAGAAUGCUCUUUAACAAGAAGUAUAGUGAAGCAAAAGGUGUGACUGGUUCUCGCGUUCCAUAUCUUUCUGGUGGUUUUCAUGUUGAAGGACUACCAGAUAACAUUCGCCUAAAGAAGCCACGACAAUAUGGCUCAAAGGAAAUACAAAAAAUCAUGGACUGCCAGGACAGUAUUUCCUUCAUUCUUGAAACGUCAGAAGGUGCACCUUUGCAAGAUUUUGGUGAAGACUGCAAGGAAUUGCUUAGUAAUGUAUUCGGAAAAUGUGACUUUAAAGUAUCAAAAGAAGAUGUGGAGGUAUUGGAUAUUAAUGAGACACAUAGCAUUUCUGAAAUCAAAGAAAUAAUAUCAACACACUGGAAAGUGUUAUGUCCAGAAGCUUUGACAGAGUUAAAAAAAAAAUUGAAUGCAUAUGUGUCUCAGGCAAAUCAUUUCGUUUUGCCUGUGUACUGUGAUGAUGAGGAAAGUCAGUUCUGGCUUUUUUCAUUUACGGGAUCUCUACAAGCUCUGCACCAGAUAAGCACAAGAGGUAAAUUGACAGGAUGUUGGCUAAAUCAUGAGUCAGGCAAUACCUUCCACCUUAUUAAAAAAAAGGAAACAAUCUUUGGAAAAAAUAUUAUUAAGGACAAUGGCAAUGUAAUUUUUGAGACUCAUAGGUUUACUGAUUAUACCCAAACCUUCAUAUUGAACAAGUCCUUUGAAAGGAAAGUUACUCAAAUUUUAUCAAAACAGGGAUACAUAUAGUUUUCAAUUUCACACCAAUGAAAUUGUUUACAAUGGUAACAGGUAGCACUGCAAUAUGUGCAUUGAAAUCAACUCAGUUUUCAGUUUUAGUUGGAUUGUAAAUAAGCCAGUUUUAGUUGGACUGAACAUGUAUUUUUAAAAGGUAAUAUUCUACUAUUCACAUAUAAGCCAUGCAGAAUGUCUAAUUCUAUAAUUAAAAUUUCGAAGAUUAAAGCCCAAAAGUAAAAACUA